AUGACGGAUUUAUUGCAAUCCGGCACCGAGGUGUUUUCAGAGAAAAAGAAGAAGAAAAAUAAGGAAGGAGUCAGCCUUGGUGCGUUUCAAAAGAUUGGUGAAUUUAAAAUUGAGCCAUCUGAAAGUGUACAUAAACUAGAUACAGCGUAUUGGCCGUUAUUAUUGAAGAACUUCGAUCGUCUCAACGUGCGCACUAACCACUACACCCCGCUUCCCUUUGGCAGUUCUCCCCUAAAGCGCCCGAUAUCUGAAUAUGUUAAAUCAGGAUUUAUUAACGUAGACAAACCAAGCAAUCCUAGCUCUCAUGAAGUCGUAUCAUGGAUCAAGAGAAUCUUGAAGGUUGAAAAAACAGGACAUUCUGGAACCCUUGACCCUAAAGUGACAGGUUGUUUAAUUGUUUGCAUCGACAGAGCAACAAGAUUAGUAAAAUCCCAACAAAAUGCGGGAAAAGAGUAUGUUGCUGUAUUCAAUUUGCAUUCUGCUGUGGAAAAUAUACAGAAAGUUACACAAGGAUUGGAAAAGCUAAGAGGAGCGUUAUUCCAACGCCCGCCAUUGAUAUCUGCUGUUAAACGUCAGCUACGUGUCCGUACAGUAUAUGAUAGUAAACUAUUAGAUUAUGACAAGGAACGUAACAUUGGUGUGUUUUGGGUAAGCUGUGAGGCUGGUUCCUACAUUCGUACAAUGUGUGUACAUUUAGGUCUAAUGCUGGGUGUUGGAGGUCAGAUGAUAGAGCUCAGAAGAGUAAGAUCAGGAAUCCAGGGUGAAAAGGAAGGUAUGGUGACCAUGCAUGAUAUUUUGGAUGCCCAGUGGGCAUAUGAGAAUCACAAAGACGAAACAUAUUUGAGACGGGUGAUUAAACCCUUAGAAGGCCUAUUAAUUGCUCAUAAAAGAAUUUUCAUUAAGGACAGUGCAGUCAAUGCAGUAUGCUAUGGUGCUAAGGUUCUCUUACCUGGUAUAUUAAGGUAUGAAGAUGGAAUAGAAGUUGAUCAAGAAAUUGUUAUCGUGACCACUAAAGGAGAGGCGGUAGCCCUGGCUAUUGCGCUAAUGACAACAUCAACCAUGGCUUCAUGUGAUCAUGGUGUGGCUGCUAAAUUAAAAAGAGUAAUAAUGGAAAGAGAUACAUACCCAAGAAAAUGGGGCUUGGGUCCAAAAGCAUCUCAAAAAAAGAUACUAAUCCAGCAGGGGAAACUUGAUAAAUUCGGCAAACCUAAUGAAAACACACCUGCCGAGUGGCUAAACAGUUAUGUUGACUAUAAAGUGAAAAAAGAAGAAAAUGGAGAUACACAACAGAGUAAAGAAGGAUCUAGAAAGAGAACGGCUAGCACUGCAAAUGCUGAGGAUGCUAAUGAAUCAGUAGAGAUUAAGCAAGAGAAGAAAAAGAAGAAGAAGAAGCGUGACACAGAAAAUGAAGCCGACACAAAAGUAGAACCCGCUGAAACAUCAGAAGUGGCCGAUGAUUCAGUAAGAAAAGAAAAGAAGAAAAAGAAGAAGAAGGACAAAGACCAAGAGAGACAAGAUGAA